AUGCCGGGCGUGGAAGUGAUGGGGUCAUCGGAGGAUUUGCAAGCAUUCGAACGGCCGCUCCUAAGGUCUCACAAGACGCUCCCUCGGCGGGGUGUAAUCGUUCCUAGCAUUGAAGUCAUCCAACCGGUCUCCCCGGAUCAGAAUGGGAGACAUACUGCGACGCCGUCGCUUCCCUUGACACCCCCGGGUGCAGGCCACGAAGAACUCGUGGUUGACGAACGAACACCUCAGAAAAUGAAUUCUUCUCUGUCAGACAUACCAACAUCUGGGAUGUUGACCCCUCGCCGUCCUUCUAAGCCUCCAACCCCGGAUGUGACGCCUCCCCGAACGAACUCGAAUAAGCGACCUACGUUGAACCAGUUUAAUUAUUUCUCCUCGUCAUCUCGAGCCGAUUCAUUUCAAACGGCUUUGGAGAAUAUCUCAUCAGAAGAAGAUAUGGACACUCCGGUUCGCAUGUCUCAGGCCACGACCCAGACACCAAAACAAAGGAGGCAACCGUCAAAGCCACCCGCCUCAAAUGGAUAUCUUUCACACUUUCCAAAUAUAAAAGAAUCUCCGCCAUCUACUUCUCAACAACAUAGCGAAACCGAAUGCGACACCGGCUUCGAGUAUUUUGAUGGGCAUUGGGCCGCAAACUCGAUCGAUGGGUCGCCAACACCGUUAGCCGGAAAGCGAAAGUCUGCACAGAACCACACUCGAUCAGUCUAUAACUCAACCACUGAGAGAGAUGUGCUGGAUGUAAAGCACCUGGAUGCCUCUUUGAUGAGGGAAAAAAGUCUGCGGGACCGUGUCAAUGGUGCGCAUGAAGUCAAAGCAAGUACCUCAAUGGAGCAGUUCCGUGAGAAUAUUGGGUCAUCAUCACCGGAGGGUGUAGCAAGAUUUAGUGGACUAGACGCCCGUCCUUUGUCGGGCAUCUCCUCGACAUCCACCGUUGAGGCUAUGAUAAUCGACUCUCCCAAACGAGCCCAACGAAUACUCCGGCAUACCGAAAAGAGAAGCUCUCUGCGGUCUGCCAGCUCUCCCAUCACAAGAUCUGAGCGUACAUCUUAUGCCUCCAUCCCUGAAUCCCAGCACCGCCUGAUUCACAAGGCCGCUCGCAUUUCUGAUCAGGAUGUUCAAAGCGGAACAUCGGAGAUAUCGUUCCCGGCCAAGACUAGCAACAGUGCAAUACAGCCCAGUAUCGAAACUAUCAACGUGGUGGUCAUACCAGAGAGAAGUUCGUCUCUCUGGUCCCGCCCUAACAGUCAUGCUUCUUCCAAACCGGGUUCUCAUCGAUCAAGCCGUCGUCCUCCGACAGCAUCAACGGGUCGCAUAGAUAUCCCGGGGCAGAAGAAACGCACCGUCUCUGAUUCAAUGUCGACGAGAUCUCGCGAGACCGAUUCCAGAGGUUGUCCCAUGGGGCGACCUGUCAUUCCACUCCGGGCCUCCUCGCUUUCUGCGCCGACGAGUCGGAACAAUUCUCGCGCGACUUCUCUCACUUCCAACAGCCUGCGAAGUCGUCGCACAGUGCGUCCCGAAAUACCACCCCGAAGCUCGUCGCUUUCUGCGCCAACGAGUCGGAACAAUUCUCGUGCAACUUCCCUUACUUCUGACAGUCUACGAAGCCAUAAUUUAGCCAUUGACCUCGAGAUGCAAAAACGUCGUGAGCAUCAGCCGGUGUCUCCGCCUCGUCACAACGUCUUGGCUUCGCCUGACCGCCAUGGCCUACUCGAGGCUCCCAAUAUGCACGAUCUCUUUGCUAGCUCCGAUGAUAUGGCAACCCUGCGUCCUCCAUCUUUGCCUUUCACCCAAGGCUCAAUUCCAUCGUAUUCGCCAGGACCUAUCGAAAUCCAAGAGGCCACAGCCGUCAGCCUGUUCGCACACAACAAUCACUCACUGCUGCUUGUUGACCCUCGGGUACAAGCCUCUUCGAGCCGCCCUUUCCAAGCGCUUGGGAUUUCUUAUGAUCUUCCCCAACCCCCUCACACGCCCGACAAUCCAUCACAAAUAGCAACGUUCAAUGUCGACUCGCCUUUAAAGAACCCUCGCCCUCCACCCAAGCCCCCAUCCACAAGACCUCUUCCCCCGCUUCCAUUACCUGACGCGCAAGAUGAAAACAAAGGCCUAGGUCGACGAUGGAGUUCCGUCCGUCGUACCUGGAGCGCACGCCCUCGGUCGGAUUCCUUCAACAGCAUAGCGCGGUCAUUCUCCAUGAAAUCGGCCAAGAACCGAACUGCAGGAAUGGAAAUGGACAGUCGUCUAUAUCCGUUUUGGCGGCCGCGAGGAUUCUGGGAAGACGUACCCGGGUCCCCGGAGAAAGAUCCCUCGCCGACGCGGGAAACUUUGCCGCGCCCCGAUGAAUCCUUGAUUGUAAACAACUCUCUAGGCCUGCCCCAGCGGCGCAUCAUCUUCGACGGCCCGCCUGCUCUAGCGCGUCGCCGCCCAGAAAUGAGACGCUUGUUCAAUGGAAUGACUAGCAACGGUAGCUUGGUUGAUCAAGGCAUGUUCCGAACAGGAUCCCCAUUGAACCCGACUCGCUUCCGGUCUCUCUCUCGCUGGGGACUGCGGCUCCAGUCGAUGUCUUGGCGUAAUGUGCGAAAUCGCAUGCGACGUGUGCGCCAGCGACGAGACGAGAGAAAACGGGCUGUCCGGAGGGAAAUCCUCAAGCAGAGUAUUGGUGGCCCUGUUUACGUGGCAUCUAGUGCUACAGCUGAGGUGGCUACGAGAUGA